AUGUCUACAGAUGCGAUGGAUCUUUCGGGACAGUCACCCACAUAUCCACCCAAUCUAUUGGGUAUUCCGACAGAGCUUCAACUGAGGAUCGUUGAUCACAUAAUUCUAAAAAGCGAUCUAACAUCGCUGUGUAGAACAUGCUCAGCUCUGCGUGUUCUCGCGAACCCGCUACUCUACAGGCGUAUCGUCUUGCGCCUAUGGAGUCGGCGUGCGGUGGAUCGUCUCCAGCAGUCCAAUCUGGCAGGCGCUGGCCUACACCUUCAGCACACGAAGGAGCUCAUCAUCGAAGACGAAGCUAUCGGCGAAGAGCUCUGGUCCAUACAUACCGGACGGAUCUGCCCACCUGUUCUGGACCGUCGGAGUAAUGCUACCUACCUGACCGAGUCUGAGAGAGACAACGCCGCCUACUCGUUUCUGCAGAUCAUGCAUCACAAUCGAUUAGAGCGCUUAUGGUAA